CCUCUAACCCCGGUGAUGUUGGCUGGCUGCUUCCUGCUCUCUUCGCGUGCUGACCGACCGACGAAGCCUUCCGAAGCCGCACGGCGAAGCGUCCUGAACAGCCAGCCAGGACGAACCGUUGCUAACAGCGAAACCCGAAACCCGCACAUCUUGACACUCAAGACAAAAAAAAAACAGUCCGCGAUGAGGAGGAAAUCGAGAAUACAGUUGUGUUUUGCAGUGCUAUGGGUUUUGGGAAUAGCCUAUUACUUCUACUCGGGGACAUCGUUGAGUCGAAAGGAUGACUGGGGCAGCAACGACUCCUCCAGCCACAGGCAGGCUGGCAACUCUGAAGACAAGGCGAGUCAGGAGACUCUACCUCCAGGUAAGGUCCGCUGGCAGGACUUUGACCAGGACCUGUAUGUGGGGGCCACGGUGGUGCGGCCAGGCCAGGACCCCUACGCCAGGAACAAGUUCAACCAGCUGGAGAGCGACAAGCUCCGCAUGGACCGGGCCGUACCGGACACCCGGCACGACAACUGUAAGCACAGCAAGUGGAAGUCUGAGCUGCCGGCGUCCAGUGUGGUCAUCACCUUCCACAACGAGGCUCGAUCCGCCCUGCUGCGGACCAUCGUCAGCGUGCUGAAGAAGAGCCCCGUCCACUUGGUGAAGGAGAUCAUCCUGGUGGAUGAUUACAGUGACAACCCUGAGGACGGAGCGCUGCUGGGGAAGAUGGAGAAGGUGCGCGUGUUGAGAAAUGACCGCAGGGAAGGUCUGAUGCGUUCCCGGGUGCGAGGCGCGGACGCGGCCACCGCCUCAGUGCUCACCUUCCUGGACUCCCACUGUGAAUGCAACGACCACUGGCUCGAGCCCCUGCUGGAGAGGGUGGCUGAGGACAAGACGAGGGUGGUGUCGCCCAUCAUCGACGUCAUCAACAUGGACAACUUUCAGUACGUGGGAGCCUCGGCCGAUUUGAAAGGAGGAUUUGACUGGAACCUGGUGUUCAAGUGGGACUACAUGACCCCGGAGCAGAGGAGAGCCAGACAAAGCAACCCCAUUGCCCCCAUCAAGACGCCGAUGAUCGCGGGCGGGCUGUUUGUGAUGGAUAAGGACUAUUUUGAGCUGCUGGGGAAGUAUGACAUGAUGAUGGACGUGUGGGGCGGAGAAAACCUGGAGAUCUCGUUCCGAGUGUGGCAGUGCGGCGGCAGCCUGGAGAUCAUCCCCUGCAGUCGGGUGGGCCACGUCUUCAGGAAGCAGCAUCCGUACACCUUCCCCGGGGGCAGCGGGACGGUGUUCGCCAGGAACACGAGGAGGGCUGCAGAGGUGUGGAUGGACGAGUUCAAAAACUUCUACUACGCUGCAGUCCCGUCCGCCAGGAACGUGCCGUACGGCAAUAUCCAGAGUCGCUUGGAGAUGAAGAAGAGACUGUCCUGUAAACCAUUCAAAUGGUACCUGGAGAAUGUCUAUCCAGAACUACGGGUGCCUGACCAUCAGGAUAUUGCCUUUGGAGCCCUACAACAGGGUGGGAACUGCCUGGACACCCUCGGCCAUUUUGCUGAUGGGGUGGUGGGGGUCUAUGAGUGCCACAAUGCGGGAGGCAACCAGGAGUGGGCCCUCACCAAGGAUAAGUCUGUCAAACACAUGGACCUCUGCCUGACCGUGGUGGACCGGACCGCUGGGUCCCUUAUCAAGCUGCAGGGCUGCAGGGAAAACGACAGCAGACAGAAAUGGGAGCAGAUCGAGUCCAACUCCAAGUUGCGCCACGUGGGCAGCAACGUGUGCCUGGACAGCCGCUCGGCCCGCGCGGGGGGGCUCACCGUGGAGGUCUGCAGCCCCAGCCUCAACCAGCAGUGGAAGUUCACGCUCAACCUGCAGUCGUAAACCCCACCCACCCCCACGCCCACUCCCACCCUGGGGCCGGUGGUGGGGAGGGUGGGGGGGGGGGGGGAUGGCUACGGAUGGUGGCCUUGUGACGGACUUCCGGGUAUACAACAGCGGAAGGGGAGAGGCGCGACGCGGAGGGAAGAGAGGAGGAGGAGGAGGAGGAGGAGGAAGUGGAUGUAGAGACGUGCAGAGAGACCGCAGACGGAUAAACGGACAAUCUUCCCUCUUCCUUCUCUUUCUCGUUCGACGACCCCUGCCCCUCACUGGGAGCCGGGUGUGCAGGUCAGGGGUCGCGGGGGGGGGGGUGGGGGGGCAUGAAUUGUGUAUGUUCAGAGGAUGGACGACGAUGACGAUGGUGGUGGUGGUGGUGGUGGUGAUGAAGGUAGUAUGGGACAUGCUUUCCAUCUAAACCACGUACCUAAAGGUUAUUCUCGACGGUCACCCAAUCAAGGGAAACACAAACAACAAACAAACAAAAUCAAUGCUGGUGAGAGUGAGAGAGACGGAAGCUCGUUUGAACGCUUUUACUUUUGAUUCAUUCCGACUUUCAGCAUUUUUUUUUCACGUUUUCACGUUUCUGUCAUUUCAUAUUCUUCAUACGAUUCCACCGAGCAUUUAUGUUCCUCUUUCAACAUGUAUUUUAAUGACCGAUAUUCCCCACCAGGGGGCUUUUACUUUCUUCUCCGCUCGGCCAGACUCUCUCUCCUGGGUUUGUGAUUUAGCUGAUAUGUGCUCGUGGUUUUGUUGAGUUUUUAAGUUGACGUUUGAUGCUGCUGUCGUGAAAAAGAGAGAAAGGGACUCACCGUGCACAGAGCUCUUUCGUUUCCCACAGGGUCACCGAGGUGGCCGACUGUCCAGCAGAGAACGCAUUCAUUUACACGCAAGGCACGAGAUGGGAGCGACGAAUUUCCUGUUCAUUAAUUGGUUUUGAUAGUUUUUUUUAUAUUCGUGAAGGUCCUGUCUCUGUGAGAAGGGUGCGGUGUCAAAGGGUCAAACAGCCAGGGACCUUUCUGAAGUGUGUGUGUGUGUGUGUGUGUGUGUGUGUGUGUGUGUGUGUGUGUGUGUGUGUGUGUGUGUGUGUGUGUGUGUGUGUGUGUGUGUGUGUGUGUGUGUGUGUGUGUGUGUGUGUGUGUGUGUGGUCCAAAGGUUGCUUCAGUAACUCCACUUCUCUGCUCUAUUUUAACGCCAACAUAGGAAUCCUUGUCUGUCACUCAACUGUCGUUAUUAUUCAUUUGGUCUGCAGAAACAACCAAGCUCUAAUUUCAUUUUCCUCCCUACGUGUGUAGGAAAUGCAUCUGUUGUAUUCCAGCUAAACUGUAGAAUAAUCAAGUGACAGAAUACCGUUUUAUUUAUUGACCUUAUGCCCUCCUUGUGCAAAGUUUUUCCUUUGUAUUUUCUUGUGUUGUUCUGACAGGACUUGGUAAUCAAAUGCCAUAUGCUUUUGAAUUGGUGGUCGGGGAGUAAAAGCUAUGCCUAAUUUACUCUUCUUUACAGAAACAAUAUAUAGGCUGCUCCAUAUUAUUAACAAUAUCACAAACUGCUGGGUAGCUGGUGAUCAUUUGGCUCAAAUAUUAAGUUAUAACAUGUUUCACAAACAACUUGAAUACCAUGUACCAUUAGCAUGUUAUUUACAUUAUAAAUCAAAGAUCAUUCCCACUUAAAGCCCCACACAUUUCUUUGGAGGUCCAGUAAGACAGUAUAUGGUCUGUCUGAUCUUUCUAUGAGUUGAUAAUGUUGAGUUCAUCUAGUACAUAAAAGACUGGUUACCUCUGUCUCCUCCGGUGGGUGUUAUUGUGUCACAACAGGUCGGGUGUGUCCUUAAUGUUGAACAGGAUAUCUCUGCUGCCACACUCCAAAGUGAAGCCAGAGGAAAUUCUCUUGUUGGGAUGGCAGUAGAUUUGGGAAUCAGCUUUGAUUGGUUUUAUAGCCAAAUGGUAGCAUUAAGGCACUUACUGUUUGUGUGUGUGACAUCAAUUCUAGAUCUUACAUUUAUAUCUGGGUGAAAGCGACUGAAUUCAUUUGUAUUUAGUUUCCAACAGAGAUGAAGAUCCUGACUUAUUUUAACCAUGCCAUAUUUGUUCUGUCCAGAGCCUAUACAGUUUACUUCUGUAUUUCAGCCUGUAAGUUUUAACCUCUUUGCUUUAUCAACGUAUCCAACCUCAAGAUGAAAAUAUGGAUACAACAGUUAUGCCUGUGGACCAAUUUAAUUUGAAGUUUAAUUAUGCAGAAAAUACUGGCAAUUAUAUUAGCAGCCAUCAUAUUUCUUCCAAGUGAUAUUUGAGAUGGAAGAUGAGUAUUCAAUUAUCCCAAUUAAUUAUUUUGUUGGUUAUUUGAAUUGUUUAAACGAGUGAAUAGACGGAUGGAAAAGGUGUGAUUUCUAAAAAUGUGCCACUGGUCGGAUGGGAAUGUAAAGCGUCUCAAAACCUACUUGAUGGACUACAAUUCCCAGCUGCCCUCAUUUUAAUUUGUUAUGAGGGGGGGGUUAAAAGCACUGGACAAGAGCAUCCUCCUACAACGUGUAUGGACCAGAUGAGAUCUGUUAACAUGUCUCGGGAGUAACCUCUUCGGGAUCUUCCUUUCAACGCUCAGUACUUCACAUUCCUUGUUGGUUGUGUAAAGUAUCACCGCCCUCUUAAUGUGGGUUCAUGAUGGGGUACUCCGAAGGGACCGCAGCCUCACAGUUUGAGCCACUCUGAACUCAGUAUUCCCCUUGACCCAUGUCCACACAUACUGUGCUGGCCCUAUACUGCGGGUAGCGUAACGCGGCUGUCUUCGAAUGAAUGUGUCCCACCCUACCAUCUGACAUGUAGGCUAGCAGGACCAGAAGCUGUGGUACAACACGAUCGCAGGAAGAAAGUCUUGAGUAAAAGAGGCGGCCGCUCGACGCUACCUGGUGAAACAUAUCGCUGUUGACGUUUACCGUGACUGUUCAUUUAUCUUGUUUUGUUUCUGGGUCCCCUUUUCUGUUCCUUUUCAUUUGUUCUUGACCUGUCACGUUAAAAACAGCAGAGGAAAGCAGGACACGAUCCAAGCAGUGUUUUAACGUUAUCCCGCUAGCCGCCGUUUGGCCAAACAAUACUUGAUAUGCCUUAUUAAUUAGUCUUACUUUUCACACAGACCCGACAUUGCAACACUGGGAUGGUUUGCAACCCUUAACGCAUUUCUUAAACGUUUAUUGAUUGUUUGAUGAGGAAAUUUGAUUCAUUCAAUGAAUGCUUACAUACUUCGUAAACUGUCACCAUGAUGAAAAGUGUUUUCAUUUAUUUGCUAAUUGAAUAUCCAAUCUUGUCUGCUUGCAUCGAAAUUCAAAAUCAAUCUGCGGGGCCGUGGGAAUGCUUCAUGUAAAAUAUUGUUUAAAGCCUUUUCAAAUAGUCUUAUUGUUUAUAUGUUUUUAUAUUAAGACACAAAAAGAGAAGUCAGUACAACAUCAAGUCCAUUACUUCAUUUUAAUCAAAUGAUGAAAUGUUUACAUCUCUAGCACAAUGUGCCAAAGGGUUUUCGUUUUCUUUUUCGGCUGGUCUUCUGAGAGGUAGCUCAAGGGAGGUCAAAUAAUUUGUAAUGUUGCAACAACAUGCAGAUGUUCUGAAACGGUCCAUGUGAAUCUACUGUUACGGCUGACCUUUAGGAAAUGGUCUGUCCUAUUGUCCCUCUCCUCUCUUCUUCCUGAAGGUCAUGGACCAGUAAGGGGCCUUUCUUACUCUGCUGUCAUCUUACAGUGGCUCAGAUGUAUACAUUUGUAGGCAGCCUUGUUUGAUUUCAAUUCAUUGUGAUUUUUUUUUAAUUUUAUUUAGCUCACUGUCUUAUCCAUACAACAUUUUAGCAGAAAUUCAGAGGCUGAACAAAGUGUUCUGCAUAAACCAAUUCCUCUUUACCUCCGAGCCAGAUAUUAUUCUUCCUCUCUCACUGUUCUUAGAGACGGGCCAUAGUCGAUCUGGCUUAUGAAAGCGCAUCCCUCAAAUCAUGUAUGCCUACCGUGUGCAAAUAAAUUGCUGCUUCUGAUGUAACGAUAAAUUAGGCAAGAAACAACAGCCGCGCAACGUGCACUCCUCAUGGGUUGACACGUCACCUUUAUACCUGAUACCAACGUCGCAUUCAAAGCCUUGUGCACAUUCGCUUGCUCUAAACAUGUCCCCCCCCCCCUUUUUUUUUUCCUUUGUUUUUUGUUUAGCAAGUGAUUGUAGCGUAUGAGCUUUGCAGACAAGUACAUAGACGCAGACAGUUUGUCGGAUCUACCAGCCAAACAUUUACAACAGCGACGUGCGCAUUGAACAAACGGGUAAUUUAUUGGGUUUUUCUAAGAGGAUGUGGCUUAACUGAAUGAUGUGACUAUAGGGGGACGGUGUUGGGUAUGUCUAGGUAAACGACAUGUAAAGUGUAUAUGUUUGUGUAUAUAUGAAUAUAUAUAAACAUGCGUCGGGGGGUGUGUGUACAGGAUGUACAUACACAAUGUACUCAACCGAGGUUCCUAGGCUUGACCUGGGACUGUACAGCUCUUCUGGGAUUUGUUUUAUAGAUUGGGGCAGGAAUACAACUUUGAAUGAGACGAAUAAAUGAUUAACUUAAAUAAAUACAUUUAUAUAAAA